AUCUUUUCAUGAACCCGUACAUUAAAUGCACCUUCCCUUCCCCCCUUCUCUCUCUCUCUCUCUCUCUCUCUCUCUCUCUGUUUUUUUCCCCUCUUGUGUUUCUUCCCUUCAGCUAUCUACCACUCUCCCAACCAUCUGCCAACAACACUCUUUCAAUGCCUCUCCCUUUCUCUCAUCAAUUGAUUAUAUAAAUGCUAGCACAAACCCAUCAACCCCUCUUCAUACCUGAAUCCUCAUUUUCAUUCUAACCUUCUUCUCCGGCUCCGCAAAUGGCUACAGCUUCCUUCAAUGGCGGUGACGGUGAUGGUGAUGGUGAUGGUGAGGCCUCAAAGACAGUUUGCGUAAUGGAUGCAUCUGGGCUUCUGGGCUCAGGCCUUGUGGAGCGCCUCUUGGACAGAGGCUACUCUGUUCAUGCUGCUCUCCAGUACCCUGGCGAACUGGAAAAGAUUGAGGGGCUCUCUUGUGAUAACAAGAAGUUGAAGAUUUUCCAGUCAGACCCUUUGGAUUACCACAGUAUUGUGGAUGCCUUGAAAGGAUGCUGUGGUUUGUUCUAUUCAUUUGAGCCUCCUCCAGACCAGCCCACCUAUGAUGAAUACAUGGCAGAUGUGGAGGUGAGAGCAGCACACAAUGUACUGGAGGCCUGUGCACAGACGGACACAAUAGAGAAGGUAGUGUUCAGCUCCUCUGUUACUGCAGUUAUCUGGAGAGAUGACCGCAACACGACUCCAUCUGACCUCGAUGAGCGAAAUUGGAGCGACGUAAAUUUCUGCAAAAAAUUCAAGUUGUGGCAUGGUCUUUCGAAGACCCUGGCCGAGAAGACAGCAUGGGCACUGGCAAUGGACAGAGAUGUUAACAUGGUGUCCAUAAAUGGAGGGCUCCUGAUUGGCCCUGAUCUAACGAUCACGAAUCCAUACUUGAAAGGGGCUGCCGAGAUGUAUGAAGAUGGGUUAUUUGUUACUGUGGACCUCCAGUUCAUUGUAGAUGCACACAUCUGUGCCUUCGAAGACAUUUCAUCGUAUGGGCGAUAUUUGUGCUUCAACCAUGUCAUCAAUUGCAAUGAGGAUGCUGUUAAGCUUGCGCGGAUGCUGUUGCCACCCUCCUCUACUUCACCUCCCCUAAGCAUGCAGGAGGAUGCAAAGGUCCACCUGCAGAAGAUAAGCAACAAGAAGCUCAACAAACUGAUGCUGGAGUUCAACACUCAGCUUCAGGUUGAUUGAUCUGCUGCUGCAUUCGCACACUUGGUUGAUUGCAAGCAGACACAACUUAUAUUCCUCAAAUGUGUAUAUUGAAGUUUGAUUAGUUCAGUUAUGCUGCAAGUCAAAUAGAAAACAAACAAGCAGUUGCUUUUUUCUUGGGUGGGAAAAUAGUUUUGUAACGCCAUUGCAUAUGGUUGUUGUUACUUUUUCUAGGGCAGGAAAAGGAUCACAAUCCAAGUGGCAGAACUUUGAAGAGGCAAAUGGCAAUGGAUAUCCAUUUGUUUAUGAUAUUCAUUUUGUCUUACCAGCUCCAAUUUCCCAUCUAGUUCUUCUAGCUUCUAGUUGGCAAAGCUGCUUUAUAUCCGAAGUUGGAUUGUGUGAUGACUUAUUUGAAGAGGCAAAUGGCCAUUUAUACACUGGACCACUUUUGUUUA